AUGAGUCAUCUCGAGGAGAGAUUCGCAGAAAUUAGGACUCAUCUUAAAGACUAUGUUAGUAACAAUAAGUUAUUGAUGCAAUUUCAGAAGAAAGAUCUCGAAAGUUUCUUUGAAAAUACAACAUUUUCAUCAAAUGAUUACAUUACAUUACUUGAGCAAUCUUCUAAUACAGGAUAUGCAAGUACUAUCUCAGAACUGGCUCUUAAAACUAAUGUGGAGUUUAAUAAUUACGAUGAAAUAAUCUCAACUCUGAAUACAGUCAAUAAAUGUCUCAAACUCAAAUUCUUUGAUAGUGUUAUUAACUAUAUAAAUCUAUCAGGAACAGAAAUUAAUAACUUAAUAGCAAGAAUAUCAUAUCUUGAAACCACAAUCAAGAAACUUCUGAUUGAGAUUGAUCAUCCAAAUAAGCUAAGACAAUCUACAUCCUUGAAUAAUGAAAACAGAUCAGAGAGUUCUCAAAAUCCUGAUACUGAUGAUGAUAACCUUCCUGUUGAAUUUUUAAUGAAACUCCAUGAACUCAGAAAAUCAAGAGAUUUCGAAAUUUAUUACAAAUUCUUUGAUGAACUUUCACAAAAUGGCAAUCAAAAUAUGAUUACAAGGGCAUGCGAGGAAGAAUUUGAUCAAAUUUAUAUAAGAAAUUACAUGCAUUGUCCAUUUGGAUAA